UAUUGAAGAGAAAGAGCCAUACAGACACCAGUGUUCAUAAUGGGUGCCACGUGUUCGUAUGCAUCAACCGCUCCGUAGUCUUCCUCGAUAUCUUGCUCCUGAAUGAUAGCUGGAUCUCGUCAAAAUCCCUUCACACCGCUUGCCAUGAUCCCCACUAUCUUCAUCGUCUGGCGCUCAUUCUGUUCUGCAAGAGACGGGGAAAAGAAAUCCGCCUCUUUCAUACGCACCCCAGCAAUGCUAGCCAAAGGCUCGGAGGAAGCGACAGCAUCCCAGGUGUGGUAAGCGACCAUGCACCAGUGCUUAGAUCUUUGGAGGGAGAUGGCGUCUAUAUGCUGGCCGCAUACUGCAGGAGGGUACUUCUAGAGCGUCCCAGCGAGUUGAGGUGUCAAUCUUUGCUUGGUGCUAUAACUGGCCCACUCUUUGGAUAUUAUAGUGACUCAGUAUCCAUAAUCUAACAGGACCCAGGCAGUCACUAAGCCAGUGACACCUUUGCCUACCAUCAGGACUCUCAACGAGGUGUUGGUGGGAGCCCGAAGUGGUUCCGGGAAGGGAUGUAGAUCUCGCCAGAAGACCAUUGAGCUGUUCGGAGCGAAAGUCAUGGUAGAUGGUGGAUUUCCAAGUGCAAAGGGGUCGUGAGAAACCCGAGGAUGUGGGUGCAGGAUGCAGGAUCAAGAUAUAUAAUCCGAAAUCUAGAAGUG